CGACUAGAUAAAAUGUCCGACGAAGAAAUUGACAUCAGUACUGCUCUCAACAACAAGACUACACCAAAGAAGAAAUCGCUCAAAAGAAACUCCAACUCGCAAGAAGGUUAUGAAAGUCCAGAGGAACGUGAGAUUGUCUAUCCAUCAGUAUUUGGAGCCAUUGGAACACCGAUGGCCAAAUCGGAUAACGCAAAAGAAUGGGACGAAUGGAAAGAAAAAGAACGAAAAAAAGAUAAAGCUGAAUGGAAACGAUAUUUGAGAUCCAAGUGGGAUAUGACUCAAGGCCACUUGCCGUUGGUUUCCGAUUCAGAGUUUUUGAAAGGAAGAAAGGAGCACAAAGAGUACAAUUCAAAAGCUCGCAUGGACAUACUUGAUGGCCUGGAUGAGGUUAAUGAGGGAUUCUUCAACUGCGGGAAAGGAGCGGCUAUGAAUAUUCGUUAUAAUGAUAAAAAUGUUUCAAAGAAGGGAGCAAAGAAGUUUGUAGCUACUGUUGAAACCGCAAUGAAGAAAGCAGGUAACCCGACAAUGGAGCAGAUGAUGACGGAUGAUUUGGAUGAAGAUGAAGCUCGUGCUGAAGCCGAAUGGGAACGACAACGUGAACAGAGAAAGUUAGCUUCAAGAGCUUAUGAUGCUGCGAUGGAUGAGCGUGAGGACGAUGCAAAGUAUGUACCUUGGGACGAGUACUGUCAAGAGAUGGAGGAGCUUGGAAAAGAAUUGAAGAUUGGAGAAAAGCAUUACAAAAAGUGGCUUGAAAAGAAGAUGGAUGAGAAUAAGGUUACUCACAAAUUCAAUGCAUAUCAGUUGGAUCUCAAGUGUCUCGAUGAGGACGCUUUUUCCAAUAAAAAAUCAUUGAAAAGUGUUGUGAGAAACGUUCAAAAGUUUUAUAGAAAGAUGCGUGAGCCGAAGAAGUGACUCGUGAUGAUUAGCUUACUCGUGAAAUAUUGAACUAUAGAAAGAGCAAUAAAGCUUAUUCGAAU